CGGCGGGUCCAAGCUAGGCGGGUAGGGGCUAGAAAGAGGCCGAGCUCCCCGGCUCAAUCUGCGGGGCGUCUCUGGAGCUUCACUAUCUUCCUGGACCGGAACGCGGCGGCCGGGGAGAGGAGGGUGCAGGGGACGCGGCGAUGGCUCCGUGGGGACUCCCGGGGUCCGCUGUGCUCUCUGCUGCGGUGUUCGUGGGAGGCGCCGUGAGUUCGCCGCUGGUGGCCCCCGACAACACUGGCAACCACGCGUUACACUCCCGAGCAGAGACUACUCCGUCAUCACCCACCAACAACGCUGGGAAUGGACACCCGGAAUAUAUCGCGUAUGUGCUUGUCCCUGUGUUCUUCAUCAUGGGUCUCCUUGGGGUCCUCAUCUGCCACUUGCUUAAGAAGAAAGGCUAUCGGUGUACGACAGAGGCUGAACAGGAAGUUGAAGAGGAAAAAAUAGAGAAGAUAGAGUUGAAUGACAGUGUAAAUGAAAACAGUGACACCGUUGGGCAAAUUGUCCACUACAUCAUGAAGAACGAAGCGAAUGCAGAUAUUUUGAAAGCCAUGGUAGCUGACAACAGCGUGGCCGAUGUUGAAAGCCCUGUGACCCCUAGCACCCCGGGGAGCCCACCUGUGAGUCCUGGGCCCUUGUCACCAGGGGGCACCCCAGGGAAGCAUGUCUGCGGCCACCAUCUGCACACAGUGGGAGGUGUCGUUGAGCAGGACGUGUGCCAGCGCUGUCGGCACAAGCGGUGGCACUUCAUAAGACCCACCAACAAGUCCAAAGAGGGCCGGCCGCGGCGUCAAGGGGAGGUCACGGUCCUCUCUGUUGGCAGGUUUAGAGUCACCAAAGUGGAGCACAAGUCAAACCAGAAGGAGCGGAGGAGUCUGAUGUCCGUCGGAGGGACCGAGAGCGUCAACGGCGACGUGCCCGUGACGCCCGUGAAGAGAGAACGGAGUGACACGGAGUAGCAGCAGUGGCUUUCUUGAAGAGUUCUAAGAGACUCCAAACUUGCAAGAUAUGAAGUUGACUGGGGAAUAUUUUUUAUAUAUUUUUUACAGUUUCUAUCAUGAAGUCAAUGGGCAUGUGGCUCAAACCCAAAAGGGAAUAUUUUUGCUAUGCUGAACACAGAAUUCAGUUUGCUUUGAAAGAAGUUUGGGACUUAAAAGUCUGACGAAAAUUUUAGUUCAGCUUCCCAGAGGGGAAGAGCUCAUUUUAUUUUUUUGUACUUGUGGACCGUCCCUAGCCACCCACCAUGGUUCCCAGUUGCCCAUUCCCGGCUGUUCCGUACACAAGCGGCUCCUCCCUUGGAAUCACGACCUUAUGAACAGCGGAGCCGUUCACAGCCUGAGCUGCUGUGUUCACAUCUGUUACUCAAGCCAGAUUCCAUUUUGAUACUGGUUAUAAGAUCUUCGUAUACACAGUUGGGCUGUUACAGAAGACCCUUCCCUGAAAGGGGUCCUUGGAAACAUCUAGUGAGUGCUCAGAAGCCCAUCCCCCAGGAGAUCAUGGAAUCAGAUGGAAACCAGAGCCCUGGAGACUUCGGAUGCCUGGACCAAGAAUUCAGCAUUGACUCCUGCUGCCAUCUGGCCACGCCUGUCACUCUUGGGUCACUUAGAAAAUACAGAGACUAUUACUGUUUUUAUUUAACUUAAUCUAAACAGUUCUCCUUUAGUCUAUCUGAGUAAAAGGGGAAAUGGUCUAAAGUCACUCUAAAAAAAAUCCGUUUUGACAACCAGAGACCAAAACAAAACACUCCUUAAGUAAACGAGCCCCUGCUGAGACCUCUGUGAGUUUUACUCUGGGUCCUGCAGUUCAUCCUGUAACUGAUGCUCAGUAGAGGCUUCUGAGGAAGACUGCAAGUUCAAGGCCUGCGUGGGCUGCAGAGAGAGUUCAGGGAUAGCCUGGGUGACUGAGCCAGACCCUGUCUCAAAACAAAAAAGUGAAAAGAGAGCUAGGAUGUUGCUCAGUGGUAGAGCACCUUCCCGGCAUGCUCAGCCACUCUUAGAGGUUGGUCUCUCUGGUAGCUUUGUUUAUAGAACACCCGGAAGUGCACAGAAACAGCUGGUAUUUGUGUGGGGUGGGGGUGGGGCAAGCUCCGUGCCCUGCCUCCACUGGUGUGACGCAUUGAGUACUUCAUUUAUUUCAGAGAGAAAGGGUUUGUUUUUGUGUUUGUUUGGCUCCACAAAAAUAAGAAAAAAGAAAAAAAGGGGGGAAAAAAAAACCAGAUUUUUGUAAAAGUAUACCACAGGGUAUUUUCUGUAGAUAUGAUUGAUUCUGUUUCUGGAAACAAGCUAACUUUUUUCUAAUGUUUUAUGUGAGUGGUAGAUGCAGUUUGAUGUGACCACACUGGCCGCUGAUGUCUGGCGUGUGUGUGGUGUCUACAAAGCAGAGAAGCCGGUGUGGAUGCAGGAUUCACCGUGGUCCAGGAACAGGACUGUGUGUUCGUGGGAGUAAUGUUUGUGCAGCUACGCCAAUAUUUUCACUUAAACAAAACAUACAUUUUGCAUUAAAAAAAAAAAAAAAAAACCAUAAUGUCCUUUAAGUGGUGAUGGGCUAAUAUGUAAGAUACUCUUCAGCUUUAAUUAUUUUUUUAAUUUUAUUCACUCUAGAGAGCACUUUCUAUAGCAAUAAAAAAACAAGAAUACGCAAAGAUAUUUAAAAUCGUAUUUAUAUACCAAGAGUACAUUUUAAACAUUUUUAAAUAUUUGAGCAGUUGGGUGACUGGCUUCCAGAGAUGCCAAAAAUUCAGCAUUCAACACUUUUCAGUAAGUAAGCGUUGUACUGGUUUAUACCGUCCGGUGAGAAUCUUGAGUGUUCCCAGCACCCCUGACGUUUAUGGGUACCACCUUCUUCCUCUUCCUGAGAAGGGUUGGGGAUCCGGGACAAGCUCACUGUCCACAACACUAAUGACGGGUAGCUUCUUGGUGUGACAAAGGAGUCACUUGCCACCUUGAUGUAAAAAAAAAAUUGUAAAGAAAAAUUUUCACUGUUUCCAGUGUCAAAUGUAUUUUUAACUGUCUGGUUUGUACUUUUUAUGAAUUUUGUACUACCAAAGCAGGGUUAAAAAUAAAAGUGUUAAACCAG